AUGGCGGACGAGCACCCCCAUCUCCACUCCGCUCUGAGAGACUUGGACAAGGAAUUUGAGGAGGGUGAUCUUACAGAGAAGGGCUAUCAGAAACGCCGAACGGUCCUCCUCUCGCAAUUCCUUGGAUCGAAUGCUCUGGAUUUCAGUGCGUAUAGCGGCGCCGACUCUGCUCCAUCGAUGACCAGCUCCGUCAGAUCGCCGCCAACCCUCCUUAGUAUUCGGCCACCCACUGCCGAUUCGUCGGGCCCCUCCCACUCCUUCGCUAGUGGACAUGAUGGUGCACAAAAUAACGGGAGCUUCGGACACGAACCAAGCUUUAGCGGCGAUGGUCUGGCACCGUUUGAAGCUGGCGGCGCGCCAGCGUCAUCCCACCACGGUCGAAUGCCCUCGGCUUCCUCAUAUGAUUCCCUUUUCCUCCCGAAACCCCAGCCUCCCGUACAACAGGACUCCAGGACAGCAACUUUAAUGAGUCAGAAUUACGCUUUUAACCCGCCUGGCCCUAAUGAGCAUUUUGAUGAACAGGCAGCCUACGAGACCGCAGCCUACGAUAUGGGGCGGCCGGGAGUGUCACGACAGUCAACUAUGCUGGAAUCACAACAAGGGUACUUCGACGACUUUGCUGGGCAGCAGCAGGAGGAUUAUAGAGACAGUUAUGGCGGCGGAUUUCACCGUUAUUCUCAAUCUGAUGCAUUCUCGCCGACCGCAAACAUGGCACCGCCCCUGAUUCCUGCCUCUGAACUUCCUCAAGGCGCUGCUGUCGAUCACCUACUGCCGCUCGAGCCUCGUGAUAUUCCAUUCGCCGUGCAUGAUCCGCAUGACAAGAACACGCCAAUGUCAAACUUUGACAAUAUCCCGACUGUUCUCAGACACCGCGCUCGAACCAAUGGUAAGCAACCAGCUUACUGGGUCUUGGACCAGAAGGGCAAGGAAAUCGCGUCUAUAACAUGGGAGAAGCUUGCAAGCCGUGCGGAGAAAGUAGCGCAGGUUAUUCGUGAUAAAAGUAACCUUUAUCGCGGAGAUCGGGUUGCACUCAUUUACCGAGACUCUGAGAUUAUUGAGUUUGCAGUCGCGUUGCUUGGCUGUUUCAUUGCUGGAGUUGUCGCCGUCCCUAUUAAUAGCCUCAACGACUAUCAAAGUUUAAACCUUGUUCUUACUUCGACCCAAGCGCAUCUUGCAUUGACGACAGAGAAUAACCUUAAGAGCUUCCAGAGAGACAUUACCACUCAAAAGCUUAAUUGGCCGAGAGGAGUGGAAUGGUGGAAGACAAACGAGUUUGGCAGCUAUCAUCCGAAAAAGAAGGAUGAUACUCCUCCCCUUAUCGUUCCGGAUUUGGCCUACAUCGAAUUCGCCCGUGCCCCUACAGGCGACCUUCGCGGCGUUGUUAUGAGCCACCGAACGAUCAUGCAUCAAAUGGCCUGUCUAAGUGCAAUGUUUGCAACUGUACCUUCCUCUUCGAGGCAGCCCACACGUGGAGAAACGAUUAUCAGUUAUCUCGAUCCUAGACAGGGCAUUGGUAUGAUCUUGGGUGUGCUUCUCACAGCGUACGGUGGUCAUACAACUGUAUGGCUAGAAGACCGUGCGGUUGAGACGCCUGGUCUUUACGCUCAUCUGGUUACUAAAUACAGGGCGACAGUCAUGGCCGCAGACUACCCCGGGCUGAAGAUAACUGCUUACAACUACCAACAAGAUCCAAUGGCUACGCGGCACUUCAAGAAGAAUUCCGAACCCAAUUUUGCUAGCGUCAAACUUUGUCUGAUCGAUACCCUUACCGUCGACCCCGAGUUUCACGAGAUUCUUGCGGAUAGAUGGCUGAGGCCAAUGAGAAAUCCGAGAGCACGCGAGAUUGUCUCGCCAAUGCUGUGCUUACCCGAGCAUGGCGGCAUGGUGAUCAGUGUACGAGAUUGGCUCGGAGGUGAAGAGCGGAUGGGCUGUCCUUUGACGCACGAAAUGGACCCCAUGGAGGACCAUGAGCAAAAGAAAGAAGCAACAAAUUCCAAGGCCGAGAAAAGCGGAUUUGGUAGUAGUUUGCUAGGUGGCGGCUCAUCUGCCCCAACCCAAGAGCAGCAGGGGACGACUGAACUUGGGGAAGCACUCCUGGAUAAAGAAGCUUUGAAGAACAACGAGGUGGUGGUGUUAGCCAUUGGCGACGAUGCCAGGAAAUUUGCAGGAACCAUACCCAAUGCUGUUCGUGUUGGGGCCUUCGGAUAUCCCAUUCCUGAUGCAACGUUAUCUAUUGUCGAUCCGGAAACUAAUUUAUUGUGCACAUCAAACGUUGUCGGUGAAAUCUGGGUCGAUUCGCCUUCUCUUUCCGGUGGAUUUUGGGCGCUACCAAAGCACACAGAAGCUAUCUUCCACGCACGUCCUUAUAAAUUUGAGGAUUUUAACCCGACACCUAUUCUGGUUGAACCGGAAUUCCUUAGAACUGGUCUCCUCGGUUGCGUAAUUGAAGGCAAGAUUUUUGUGCUAGGGCUCUAUGAAGACCGAAUCCGACAAAAAGUGGAAUGGGUUGAGGAUGGGCAGCCGACUGCGGAACAUCGCUACUUUUUCGUUCAACAUUUGGUCGUUAGCACUUUGAAGAAUAUCCCCAAGAUCCACGACUGCACGGCCUUUGACGUGUUUGUCAACGAAGAGCACCUUCCGAUUGUCGUACUAGAGUCUUAUGCGGCAUCAACAGCGCCGACGACAUCUGGAGGCCCACCGAGACAGUUGGACUCAGCUCUUCUCGAGUCUCUCUCGGAAAGAUGUAUGGAGGUUUUGUACCAGGAGCAUCACCUGAGGGUCUACUGUGUCAUGCUUACCGCGCCAAACACCCUUCCUAGGGUUAUUAAGAACGGAAGGCAGGAAAUUGGCAAUAUGCUCUGUCGUAAAGAUUUUGACGCCGGGACUUUGCCAUGUGUGCACGUCAAAUUCGGUGUUGGACGAUCAGUGAUGAACCUUCCCAUUGGCAUUGAUCCCGUUGGAGGAAUUUGGUCGCCUAUGGCGUUGGAAGCUAGGCAAGCCAUGUUAGAGAUGCCAGAGAAGCAAUACUCUGGAGUGGAUUACCGUGAUGUCGUUAUGGAUGAUCGUACCUCCACGCCUCUCAAUAAUUUCAACUCCAUUGUCGACCUUCUCCAGUGGCGGGUAUCCCGUCAAUCAGAGGAACUAGCUUACUGUUCCGUCGAUGGUCGGGGUAAGGAAGGAAAGGGUAUUACCUGGAAGAAGUUUGAUCUCAAAGUCGCGGCCGUGGCGAUUUACUUGCGGAACAAAGUCAAACUCCGCCCUGGUGACCAUGUUAUUCUGAUGUAUACCCACUCGGAAGAAUACGUUUACGCCGUUCAUGCUUGCUUCUGCUUGGGCGUGGUUGUGAUACCAAUUGCGCCCAUCGAUCAGAACCGUCUCUCCGAGGACGCCCCUGCGUUCCUCCAUGUCGUCGCCGAUUUCCACGUUAAGGCAAUCAUUGUCAACAGCGAUGUUGACCACGUGAUGCGACAGAAGCUUGUUUCUCAGCAUAUCAAACAGUCUGCGCAGGUGCUCCGGAUAGGCGUGCCCGCCAUAUACAAUACCGCCAAGCCCUCGAAGCAAUCUCAUGGAUGUAAGGAUCUUGGACUUACGAUGAAAGAGACGUGGCUACAGGGGAAUCAGCCAGCUAUGAUUUGGUCGUACUGGACUCCGGACCAACGCAGAGUAUCAAUGUCUAUCGGCCAUGAUACGAUCCUUGGCAUGUGCAAGGUGCAAAAGGAGACAUGUCAGAUGACCAGCUCUCGGCCAGUAUUGGGUAGUGUGAGGAGUACUCUGGGUCUAGGGUUCCUUCAUACCUGCUUGAUGGGUAUUUACGUUGGAGCACCAACGUACCUGGUCUCGCCGGUUGAUUUCGCGCAGAAUCCGAUGACGCUAUUCCUUGCCCUCUCCCGAUACAAGAUCAAGGAUACAUACGCCACUAGCCAAAUGCUGGAUUAUGCUAUCAGCGCGAUGCCGGGUAAAGGUUUCCGCCUUGAAGAACUCAAAAACCUAAUGAUUUCUGCGGAAGGUCGACCACGUGUUGAUAUCUACCAAAAAGUGCGCCUGCACUUUGCUGGAGCUAAUUUGGACCGGACAGCGAUCAACAUAGUAUAUUCCCAUGUUCUCAACCCGAUGGUGGUCACCAGAUCUUACAUGUGUAUCGAGCCCGUUGAAGUGUGGCUGGAUCUCCGUGCCUUGCGUCGUGGGUUCAUCCUUCCGGUCGACCCUGAUACAGACCCAACGGCACUAGCCCUGCAGGAUUCUGGUAUGGUUCCUGUGAACACACAAAUCGCAAUUGUCAACCCAGAGACCUCCACUCUCUCGCAGGUGGGCGAAUACGGAGAGAUCUGGCUCCAGUCAGAUGCUUGCGCCAAGUCGUUCUAUGGUUCAAAGCAAGAUUUCGACAUAGAGCGCUUCGACGGCCGCAUUGAAGAUGGAGACCCUAAUGUGUCUUUUGUGCGGACAGGUGACUUGGGCUUCCUCCACACUGUUACGAGACCAAUUGGACCUGGUGGACAGCCGGUUGAAAUGCAGGUACUUUUCGUACUUGGAGGGAUUGGAGAGACCUUCGAGGUGAACGGAUUGAAUCACUUCCCUAUGGAUAUCGAAAGCUCAGUAGAGAAGUGCCACCGCAACAUUGUGACUGGAGGAUGUGCUGUGUUCCAAGCAGGCGGAAUGAUCGUCGUCGUGGUUGAAGUGACACGAAAGGCCUACCUAGCGUCUCUCGUCCCAGUCAUUGUGAAUGCUAUCCUCAACGAGCAUCAAGUCGUCGCCGAUAUAGUAGCAUUUGUCUCAUACGGAGAUUUCCCUCGCUCUAGACUUGGUGAGAAACAGCGUGGUAAGGUGCUUGCUUCCUGGGUGACCAGGAAACUGCGAACAAUUGCGCAGUUCAGCAUCCGUGAGAUAGAAGGAGGCAACUUUGGACCAGCUCCCCAGCAUCGCGUCAGCAAGAGCUCCAAGGCCGGUAGCAUUAUGGGCCACAGCGCUCGACGGUCUACACUUAUACCGGAUGAUCCUCCACCUCGCUCUCCAGCUUUGGCUACAGCUCCUCCGCUGUUUGAAAGCCCGGCUGAGCCGUCCUUAACAACGCUGGUCAACAGCACCGCGCCGACCAUUCUCGAGGUGCCGCAAAUCUCAGAGCCUCCCACAGUCGCACCACCUGCACCACCGGCGCAGGCGGAAAUUCCUUACGAUAGCAACGGAACCCCAUACCUGCCGAAUUUUGAGGCUCCUCAAGCUCCCCCUCAGGGCGAAGUUCCUCAAAUCCAAACUCCUCAAGGUCAGGGACAGGGACAUAGGAGAGACUUCAGUUUUGACUUUGGGGACUUUGGACAGUCGACCACUGCUCCCUCGCAGCAGCCUGUACCUGCUGCAACGGAGACUCUUUCCUACCGUCCCGGUACGGGGCAUCAGCAGCCUCCAAACAGCAGCGGAACCGCGGGCGUUGAAUUCCCACAGCGAAGUGAUUCAUACCAAGCUAGACCCAGCGGCCCAUCAGAUGAUACUGCGGAUUGGCAACAGGAAGCGCUGAUCUACCAGUCUGCCUUUGACACAGACGGACAGGGAGGCCGCAAAGGCUUCCUCUAA